AUGGACGACUUCAAGCCGGAGCUGCUCAAAGCGCUCCUAGAAUGGGUGAACACCUUCGACCUUCCCGGCCGCAUCACCAGCUGGACCCAACUGGAAGACGGCCAAAUCCUCUGGCAAUUGCUCUCCGACAUCGACGCCUCCUAUUUCAACGACUCACUACCCAACUCCGACAUUUCUGAGACCCACAACAGCCACCUCACCACCUCCCACAGCAAUGCCCGCCGCGUCUCCUCCUCGUCCUCCGCCUCCGCGACAGACAACUGGAUCCCCCGCUGGCAAAACCUCAAACACAUCGAACGCGCCGUCUCCACCUACAUCCGCGAGUCCUGCGGCCAACUCCCCGUCUUGACGAAGCGCCUCAUCCCGGACCUGAAAACGGGCAUCGGCGCGCGCGACGGCUCGACCAUGCUGACGGCCAAGCUCACCAUGGCCGUCCUCCUCGCGAGCCUGUACUCGCCCAAGUCGAACGAGCGCAUGGUCAAGGUUAUGACGGAUCUGCCGGGGAAGCAUGGCGAGGUGAUUGCCGAGGCGAUUCAGGAGUUGCAGGCGCUGGAUCAGCGGAUGGCGAGUUUGGGCGUCGAGGCCGAGUUGACGGCUGAGGCGGGGCCUUUGCCGACGGGAUAUAGGACGCCGACGAGGGUGGGUUCCGGGCGGGAUUCGGCGCUGGAGCAGGAGGCGCAGUUGUUUGAGGCGAACAAGGAGCGAAAUGCGCUAAGGAAGCAGGUCACGCAGCUGCAGUCCGAGUUGGAGGUGUCGAGGGGACGGGUGGCGCGGUUGGAGGAGGAGCUCGCGGAGGCGCGGUUGCAUCUGGAUGUUCGCGGCCCGGAGCAGGGCACGGCGUCGGACGAGGUGGUGGAGAAGCUGAGGCACGAUUUGGCGAGGGAGAGGCAGUACAUUGAGGGGCUGGAGGCGGAUCUGCAGUCGGCGAGGGAGAUUGUGGAUAGUCAGAAGAGGCGGCUGGAACGGUUGACGGCGGAGGAGGCCGCGAGGCAGGAGCUGAGGGAUCAGUUGCAGCUGGUUAAGGCCGAGAGGGACGAGUUGAAGCAAAAGGCAAAGGCGAAUGAGAACUUGAAGAAGAAGAUUCAGAGCUUGACGCUCGAGACGAGGAACCUCGAGCAGCUACGUGAGGAUUAUCAGCAUGCGAGGGAGAGGCUGCAGGAGUUGGAAGCGGUUGAGGAACGGUGCCUGGCCCUCGAGAAGGUGAAUCGGGAGAAUGGGCAGACGAUUGUGCAGUGUGAGCAGUCGAUCUUCGAGGAGAAGGGAAAGAGGACUAGGGUCGAGCAUGAGAAUCUGGUCCUCAUGAAACAGCUCGAGCAGACGAGGGAGUUGCAGUACAAGGCCGAGGAUGCGAAGCGCGAGCUUGAAGAGCGGAUCCGUGAGCUCGAGUCGUCGAGCCAUGUCAAUAGGGGUGGUAGCUUGGAGGACGAGCUUACGCAGGAUGAGAGCGUGGAGAAUCUCGAUGCGCAGAUGAGUUCCAUCAGCCUGAUGGAGGGGAGGGUGUCGUCGGAUACGAUUGCUCUGCAGCAAAAGGUGGAGAUUUUGACGGCGAGGUUGAAGUCGUUGGAGAGCGAGACUCUCAAGCAAAUGCAGGAGAAUCUGGGCUUGAGGGCGGAUAUGAUGAACAGCAAAGACGAGGAGUCCCAGAGGCCGUUCCUUGAACAGAACGAAAGGCUUCAGGCCGCCGAGGCCGAGAUACAGGAGCUUCAGCGCCGGCUCCGCGAGAAGGAUCUGCAAACGGCGGAGCUCCAGAACGAGCUCACAAAGAAAAGCGACAUCGACGAAUCCACCAAGAACAACACUUUCGAAGCCGAAAUCCAACGCCUCCUCUCCCUCCAACACAAAACCAACCAAAAGCUCCGCGACCUCGAACUCGCCAAUGACGAGAAGUCCGGCCUCCUCCGCGCUGCUUUGCUCGACAGGGAUAAUCUGAGUCCCGAGUUACUCGAGAUUAUGCGGACGGAGCUUCUCCAGCGUGUGCGCGAACAGAUUGAGCGCGUCGUGCAAGCGACGCCCGAGACGAGAGCCAAGGUGCUUGAGGCCGAGGCGACGGAGAUAGCGAAGACGGUCAUGGAGGCCAAGGCGAAGUUGGAGGGGGUGAAGAAAGAUCUGCAAGCGGAAAAAGCGACGAGCGAGGCGUUGCGCGGGCAGUUGGAGGAGGCGAGAAAGGAGAGCGGGGAGAAGGGCUCGGCCGAGCUCCAGCAGGAAGUCGAGAAUCUGCGGCGCGAGAACAAGCUCAUCAUGUCGGCUUGGUACGACAUGACGACGCGGCUGCAGAGCAAUACGGUGAUUUUGCAGCGCAGAGAGGCGCCGAAGAGUUGGUUGGGGAGGCAGAGAGGGUUGGUUGGUAGUGUCGGGGGUGGGGCUGGGAGGCGGUAA